AUGCAAGGCUAUAAGAGAAAUACUUACAUAGGCCAGGGGAUGCGGUUCAAAUCAGUAAAGCAUAUGUGUGCUGAGUUUACAGAGACCAAUAGGAAGUAUAUUCAGAUAUCUAGUAGAAUAUCAGCAAAAGCAGCGAUGAAGCUAUGCGAUAUCACUGGUCUUCCUGCACUAUACAAAUGCCCUUACACAAGACUAGUAUAUUAUGAUUCUUCAGUUUAUAAAAGAAUAUGUGAGUUUUCAAGCGAAAAUGUUCAGAGAUUGUUCAAAUUGAAAGAGUUUGGGAAAACACUCGUUCCAUUUAAAAAAUAA